AUGACGCUUGUUCCCUGGGAGAUGGGGAGGCCUUUAGUGUGGGACGCCACUUGCGUUGACACUUUAGCGCCCUCCCAUCUUCCUACUACCGGCGUCAAGGUGGGUUCGGCUGCUGCUUCUGCAGAGGACCUCAAGCGGCGCAAAUAUGUAAAUCUCAAUGAGACUUACAUAUUUGAGCCGUUUGGAGUUGAAACUCUGGGCCCGUGGGGACCAAGCGCCCACAAACUGUUUCAGAGCUGGGGUCAGACGGACGGCCACCGGUUCACGUACCCCGCGUCUCCCCUCCUGACCCAAGGAGGAGACGUGGCCUCAGGCACCAUGUGCCCCCAGGAGCCAGGGGAAGGGGACGAGUGCGUGCAUGUCAAGAAUGUACCCCUGCAUUCUACCGUGGAGAUGAUCAUGUUCGAUCAAGGUGGCGAAUCAGACCACAUAUUCCACCUCCACGGCUACAGCUUCUACGUGGUCGGCGUCAAAGAGUUCAACAAGAGCCUCACCAUGGAAGAAGUGAAACAAAUGAACGAGGAUGGAAUCCUGCUUACUCGGAACCUUGAGGACCCUGUAAUAAAGGACACCAUAGUAAUUCCCAGGUUUGGUGUGGUAGCUCUACGUUUCAAGGCAGAUAACCCUGGCUACUGGAUGAUGAGGGACGAACGAUCCACCCACUGGACGAGAGGGUUAGACUUUAUACUCAAAGUAGGUGAAGAAAGAGACUUUGUUCAGGCUCCUUCAGACUUCCCCAAAUGCGGGUCUUACGUAGGACCCGAAUACUUCUUAAUAUAGUAUCGCAAAGUUACCAACAAGCCUCCGUAGGUAAUCAUUUUUUAUUGAUUAAUUAUAACUGAGAUACGAUUAAGUGUGGUUCAUGAGGCUGAUAAAUUAAUGAGCUAGCAACGGUAUUUAGCUGAGUAGUUAUCAAUGUAUUACUCAAUUAGUA